GAGUGGCGCUGCUACACAAUGGUGACCAAGCAAAUGCUGGCAGAAACCGCAGAGAAAGAAGGCUGUUUUACUGGCGCGGGGUUUAUACGUCAAAUCUAUUAUCGCAAUGGCAGCCCAUUCCAGUGAGCUUGAAAUAGCGAAGAAAAAUUUAACUGAAGUAAUUGGUGAUAAUGUUAAGCAUUAUUGGGCGAACUUGAAACUAUGGUUCAAACAGAAGAUAAGUAAGGAGGAGUUUGACAUUGAAGCACGUCGUCUCCUGGCACAAGAAAACGUCCAUGUUCAUAAUGACUUCCUCCUGGCCAUUCUCACUCGCUGUCAAAUCAUCGUCUCAACACCAGAGGGAGCAGGGUCUCUACAGUGGACAGUGGGCUCCACCUCCAAGCCUGGCAAACCAAAGGGAAAAAAGAAAUUCUCCUCUAGACAGAAAUUUGACCAUCGUUUCCAGCCCCAGAACCCCCUGAGUGCAGCCCAGCCGUUCAGCCCCCGGGAGGUGGGGUCAGAGGAGGAGGAGCUGCGCUUGAGCGCCCACACCCUGCUGCUGCCCACGCGGGGCCAGCUAGAGGCCCGCAUGAUGGUGACGGCCUUUGAGGUGGGCCUGGACAACGUCACAGAAGACGCUGUCAGUACCAUGGUCCAUGCUGUGGAGGUUCACUUGAAGGACGUCCUUACUGCUAUAGUGACCCGGAGGAAAGCUUACCGACUACGGGAUGGACAUUUCCCCUAUGCCUUUGGCAGUGACGUCACACCUCAGCCCUACCUAAAAAACAGCUUGGCUGCCUAUCACAGUGUCACUGAAUGCCCCCCUCCAAGUGCUUCGCUCCCCGCAGGCCCACCCCCACAAGUGUCCCCAGACGAGGCUGAGCAACAAGCCGCCCUCCUCCUGGCCUGCUCCAGUGACAGCAUCCCUGCUCCCCUCCCUCCAAUCGGCAUGUUCGAUCUACUGGAAGCACUACAGGUUCACCGUGGCGUGAUGCCCUCUCACACAAUGUACGCCCUGAACAUGGAGCGCAUCCUGUCUCGGCUGUGGCACCCCAGCCACGAGGAGCUAGAGCAGGACCACGUGCACCGCCAGCGCCUCGCCAUCAAGGAGGGCCUGCUCAUCAGUUGAGACUCAGACAGACCAGAUGCAUGUAGGAGAGGGAUGGUUACUGUGAAGGGCCUCUCUGGCCACAGAAGGUCUCUAGGUAGACAGAUGGAUAACUGAGGUGCAGCCAGUCAGACGACAGUGGUGCUGUAUGAAGGAAAAGGGAGCAGUAGAGAAAGGCCCCUGUGUGGCUCCAUACUCUACAUCAGCCUUUCUUUAUCCUGGUCCUCAUGAUCCUCUGCCCUACAUGUUUACCCUCAUCCACUCCAGAUUGAAAUAAAUGGGUCGUUAUCAGGCUUUUGCUGAGCUUGUUAACGAGCCAUUAAUUUGAAUCAGGUGUGAUGGAAGAGGGAAACAUGCAGGGCUGGGGUAACACUUUUUUGUUCUCUAACAAAUUGUUCCAGAAUACAACAGUGAAAUCUAGCCUGAGGAGCAACCAAUUAUGUAAAUAUGUUUGUAUUAUUAUUUUUUUUCACAAAGACGUUUGGAAAUAAAUCGGAUUACUUCUCCGUAAUAAUUUGCA